AAAUUAUAUCUAUAAAUAAAGAUUAUUAUUAUUGUUAUUAUUGUUAUUGUUAUUAUUAUUAUUGUUAUUGUUAUUGUUUUUACAUUGAACCAAAAUGCAGGUUUCACAUCAUGAACCCCCUUCAUGGUGGGUGUGGCCUCCGUGUGUCAGCAGCGUACAGUGACAGUAUUGUAUUAUUCCCCUGUAUCCGAGGCCCCGCCCCCUCUGUGUGUCCUCUGUCAUGUCGGAGGAAGAGGACUGGUUACACCGGCUCCUCUCAUCACACACCGGAUUUACCGGACUCCACCUGUCGCGAGCGCUGCAGGCUGUUUUUUUCUGUCCGUGACGUCAUCGAAUAACAACAGCGCGCGCACUGACGCAGCACGGCGCGGCACGAGACACACACACACACACACACACACGGACAGAGGAGCAGACAGGUGGACGGACACACUCAGCGGUGUGUGUUACGGGAGCGGUGUGUGUUGGAUGUUUCCGUGUUACCGGAGGACGGACACACUAAGCGGUGUGUGUGUGUGUGUGUGUGUGUGUGUGUGUUAACGGAGGACGGAGGAGGACGCACCGAGCGUAGAUCCGGUGGAUGGUUUUAUCCGCAGUGCCCCAACCGACACAGCGAACGGGGAGCACCAUGUCGAGGCAGCAGCAGCACCGGACGCCGUUAAAACUCACCGACAGCGUGGUGGAGGUCAAGAGCAAAUUUGAGGCAGAGUACCGUCGCUUCGCUCUGAAGAGAAACGGGCCGGUGGGCUUCCAGGAGUUUUACCGCCUGCUCCAAACCAUCCACCGUAUCCCGGGAGUGGACGUGCUGCUGGGAUACGCCGACGUGCACGGAGACCUGCUGCCAAUCAACAACGAUGACAACUUCCACAAAGCCGUGUCGUCAGCCAAUCCUCUGCUGCGGAUCAUCAUCACCAAGAAAGAAGACGAGCCGGUAGUUUUUGGCACCAACUCCCUGCAGAGGCGUAAAAACAGGCUGGGCUUAACGGGCCUGCGGACCACCGGCUCAGGCUCCACCCACUCCAGGAACAAACCGGGCCUGAUGAUUGGUCUGCCGCAGAACUUCAGACAGAUCUCGUCCAUCAUCGACGUGGACAUCUUACCUGAGACGCAUCGCCGGGUCCGCCUCCAUAAACACGGCACGCACAAACCGCUCGGCUUCUACAUCAGAGACGGCGUGAGCGUGAGGGUGACCUCGCAGGGCGUGGAGAAGGUUCCAGGCGUGUUCAUCUCUCGGCUGGUGCGAGGCGGGCUGGCAGAGAGCACGGGGCUGCUGGGAGUCAACGACGAGAUCCUCGAGGUCAACGGGAUCGAUGUGGCGGGAAAAUCUCUGGAUCAGGUGACGGACAUGAUGGUCGCCAACAGUCACAACCUCAUAGUGACGGUGAAACCGGCCAAUCAGAGGAACAACGUGGUGCAUCGUGGGAGUAAAUCCUCCAUGGGGAACUCUGGUUCUGUGGGCUCAGCUGGCUCUGCAGGAUCAGCACUGUCACAUGACUCUCCAAGCCCCGCCUCCCAGAGCAACCCCAUCACUGCGAGCAACAGCAUCGCUGAGGGCGACAGUGACGAUGACGACGAUGAAGGUGACAUCAUCCUUGAGAACGACUGCCUGACGCCCUUUGACAACAGUAACAACGGCAACCUGAACAGAGACUCACCUGGCAGCAGGUCGCUCACCUCUGCUAUGGUUAGGCCCCUCCCACAGAGCAUCUCGCUACCCAAUAGCGUCGCAACAUCCCUGAAUGACACCUCGGUGACGAUGUCCAAUCACAACGGAAACCCCGCCCACACGCCCGGCAGCAGCCAGGAGAGCAUGAGAGAAGACGGCAACGUGAUAACGCUGUAACCAUGACAACACUGAAUGUUAGGUCCGCACAGCGCUGUAACCAUGGUGACUGCAGAUGUCUGUUUCUUCUUAUAAAAGGCGGAGCUUGAACUGACAGCUCCUCCCCUUCUGCAGCCACAAUGGAUCUAAACACACACACACACACACACACACACACACACACACAGACACACACAGACACACACAGACACACACAGACACACACACAGACACACACACACACACACAGACACACACAGACACACACACACAGACACAGACACACACACACAGACACACACACAGACACAGACACACACACACACACACACACACACACACACACACACACACACACACACACACACACACACAGCUGAUUGUUUAUAGUAAUAUGGAGAGUGAAUUAAAAAGGACAAUAGAAAGUUUCUGAGUCAGCUGUUCUCUAAAAUGAUAAAAUCCAACAAAGCUUGAGCUGAAACGUGACACUUCAGAGAGUAACCAAUGAGAGAACAGGAAGGAGAACCUGAACGCUUUCAUCUGAUGGCAGAGUGCAGGUGCACAGGUGAGGGGGCGGAGCCUCAUGAGGCGCUGAAUUAAUCAGACACAAUGAGGUCAGCAACUCUGACAAAAGCAUCAAAAGAACCUGCUCCGUCAGCGUGAGAGCGCCGCUCCUUCAGCGUGAGAGCGCCGCUCCGUCAGUGUGAGAGCGCCGCUCCUUCAGCGUGAGAGCGCCGCUCCGUCAGUGUGAGAGCGCCGCUCCGUCAGCGUGAGAGCGCCGCUCCUUCAGCGUGAGAGCGCCGCUCUGUGAUUGGUUAAGGUGCAGAUUCUUCUGGUCCUUGUUUACAGGCCGACUCUGUUUUAAGAGAUUAGAGUGCUGUGGUCUCUGAUGUGUGUUAAGAGGUGACAUCACAUUAAGGCUGACGCUCUGCUCACGUGAUUGGUUUAUAUCAUACAGACACCUGAAUGGUCAGAAAUGUUGAGAUAAAUAAAUGUGCACCCUCUGAAGGUCUCUGAGCCUGUCUGCACUCUGACACACUAAUUAAAUAUUCAUUUAUUAUAUCAGUGAUCAGACAGAAGGUUCACACCAGUUUGACGGUUUGAGGAUGUUUGCAAUACUCCCUUUUUUAAAUUGAACUUUAAAUCUUAUUUUAAUUAUUGAGGUUUUUUUUAAUAAUCAUGAAUGAUCAGAUUUUAUAUAUCAGCUUUUUGUUUUUUUAAAUGUGUGUAAAUAAAAGAGAUGGGAUGUAACUGAAUAAAGGUGUUCAUCACAUCUCUCAUUA